CUAUAGUAAUGUCUUAUAAAAUGUCUAAAAGUAGUGGAAAAGCUAUAGUAAUGCUUUAUAAAAUAUCUGUAAAUGCUGGAGAAAAUUUACCAAAACUCUACUCUUAAAUUGAAGUGGCUUAAAAAUUUCUGUCUAUAUUUAUUUUGACUUAAUCCGACUCUAAACAAGACUUGCCAAAUCUCUGUAGCUCGGACCCAUUAAUUAUGUAGUCUGUUCAUUGAGUGGCUUGUUCCAAAUCGAGUUUCCAUUUUCUGUUGGCCUCAUAAAGUAUUGAAAUUAAUUAGUACUGACCCAGCUCUUAGAACCAAUUUAGGGCGUGCAUCUCAAGUGACUCAUUUCCGCCCUCACAUGGUCCAACCACUCACAACCCACUCCUCAUGCCGCUUCAGUUUCAGUAUCAAUUACCAUUUCGGUUUCAAUUUCAACUCGAAAUGCACUUGCAGGGCGAUGAAAGUAGUUAGCUCGCAGCGGGAAAUUACGGAAAAUUAUAAACACAAGUACUGAAACAGCGGGUGGAAGUUUGUGUGGCAUGGCAAAAGGUUUUUGUUUCUGAUUCGGUUUCUUUCUUUCUUUUCGGUCGUUUUUUAUUGCUCUUGAUAGACACGUGCCGAAGCAGAACUGCUACAAAUGUUUCCAUGUAAACUAAAACCCACUUUGCACUUUACACUUUUGGUUUCUUGUUAACCUUCUUCUUCGGCCAACUGACUGGUUGUGGGUCUUCGCACUUAGCCAGUUCUUAGAGGACUUAGCACUACACUUUCAAUAUUACAGUCGGUUUCACCUUCUUGGUUUUAGUCUACUCCCGUUUCUUUUAAUCCGUCCGCCUGUCAUCACUUUCUCACAGCUCCGGCGGAGUCAUUGAAGCCCCUGAACUUAGUCGAUCCACUUGGCAUCUAAUUCGUGAGAGCUGCAUUGUUUCCCGCGCAGCUCGUAGACUGAAUUAUCGUAAGACGGCCCAGAGAGCUGGUUCAGUUUAAAGCCAAAUGGGUAACCUCGAUAUUGUCGCUGAUUGGCUUUGCCAGUGAGCUUGCGGGGGCGUAGGUAAUUGCUGGUCUAGAUGAUGUGGGAACUUAAUAUUCAUAGAGCGAGGAAACGACUAAAUUAUAGCCCAAAAACUAAGCGACACUAAACUUGUAGGUGUGGAUGUGGCCAUUACGCUUUAACUUAACUAUUGGUGGGUCAUUAAAAACAUGAUAUUUCCAUAUCUGCUAAUGGAUUGCUCAGAUCGGAGACGAAUCUUAAGAAUUUCAUAACCUUAUUAGACCGCAACUCGCAGUCUAAUAUUAACUUGUUGGUGUUUUGUAAACACUCCAGUUUCACAUCAUCUUCCAGCUAAAACCCACUCACUCUUGUGCUCAUUUCGGUAUAUAUUUCGAGCAACACCAUCUAGGUGUGGAUGGGAAAUCGCUUUCGGAAGUUGGGCAAGACUGCUAGCUGGUUAGUAUGUAUCUGAAUCAUCUGUUAAGCGUUUGCCGCUUGGCUUAAUAUCCCCUCCAUUCUGUCCCAUUGUUAGGCGGUCGCUGAAUUUGGUAACUCGGCCUCAGACUUUUGGCCAUCCAAAUUCAUCAGACUUGAGAAACUCAGUUAGAGGACUGUGAUUGCAUAAAUGCAAGACCCUUACUCAUUAGGGGGGGGUGUUGAUUCUGGUCGAGGAGUCUGCGGUGUCUCAAUGGUCUCAAGUGGUGGCAAUGAACUCGUCGUGGCCUCGAAUUCACCCACAUGGAGAACGCGCUCACCUUUCCCCAGCUUAGACUGUAUCUGCCUUAUCAUUCACGCCUCACGUCAGAGGCAAUUAGCAGUGGAGAGUCUUCACUGGCGACGGAGUUGAAGUUGCUCCACAAUGUCCCCAUCUAGCCGCCCUGCAUCGCACUCUCUCGCCUGCUGCGAUUAUUAAUUUCUUGAUUACGACAGCAGAGGGUAACUCUGGUUUAUGGCGUGCCAUGUAAGCCAAGUUAACGAAGCAGCAAAGCCAAUUAGAUGCAAUCAUUAGGCGGGGCGGCGCAGGGAGUCGUCACAAAUGACAUAGGGAUGGGUCUUUGCCUCCCUUUUUAUUUUUUUCCCUGCGAGAACAAACAAAGACGUUGACUUUGCUCCACUUCCUUAUGCUCCGCAUCAUCCGUGGUUCGACUCCAUGGCCUGCACACGUGGCCUGGUCUUGGACCGAUGCGUUGCUCUCGUGCAGAAGGCGACGCAUUCCAAUGCGGGCGGAGUAAUUGCCGGGGAGCAUUCAAUGGACCCGCUACAUGCCAGGUCCGAGACCGAGUAAAUUGCGAGUUCUGUUGCAGUGCUGCCCGCUAAUUGAGCACCGACAUGGAGUCAUCCGAAGUGGUCAUUGCGUAACUUGGGACUCUAGCGGGCCAGACAGGAUAGAGGCGAUGGCGAUGCAACAAGCAUCCCAUUACCAGCUAAUUUAUGUUGACGUUACUCGGGAAUUAUACAAAUUAAAGUGGGAUCGCCAUGGGUCUUUCACUAUGGUGUUUGCAAAAAGUUCUCUGAAAGAGUAAAGAAAAAUUAUGGAAAUCAACUGAAAUGAAUGUGAGUGUACUUAAGAUUAAACGGUUUAAGAUGUAGAAAUAUAGCUUCACAGUAUAUUAUCUCGGGCUACGGGUAUUAUAACUUAGUGCCAGCCGAAAAUAUAUAUAACCAAGAACCGGGAUAUAAAUUUCCAAUAGUUUUUGAAAAAUUCCUAUACGCCAGGUUUUAGAGAUAUCCCAUCUUUUGAGGUGCUGUAAAGUCAAAAAAUUUCGUUAAGUUAUCAUAAAGUACUAUUCUUUUACUUUAAAAUCAGUUUUUAAAAUUUGGAAAAAUCUUUAUGCAUUGAGUUUAUAUCGUCAUUUUUCCAUAUAUAGAGACUAUAUAUCGGAGACAAAUAUUAAAUUCUAUCGAAAAUGCUUAUUUUUUGACAGUAUAUUGUCAAAUUCGACACCCAAAAAUAUAUGAAAAUAUAUCGAUUCUAGAGACAAGAGCUGAGAUACCAAUAUUAAUUUUUUCAAACUUUACGUUGGCACUUGCAAAUUGCAACUCGACGCGUAAUUAGGCAGAGUUUUCGCACAAAAACUGGAAGGCACACGGCCGGAUCUCAGACGACGCUUCCAAUCGAUAAUCACACACACCGCCAUCCAUACACGCAUCCACCCGUGCACACCCGCCGCCACAAUGGAUCCCAACUGGCAGAACAGUCUGACCGAGAUGAAGGACCGCGGCAAGUAUCUGCUCCACUCGGAGAAGUGGGCCGACUGCCGGUUCCUUGUGGGCUCGGUGCCGAACCAGCGUCUAAUCGCCGGCCACAAGCUGCUGCUGGCCAUGGCCUCGCCGGUGUUUGAACGCAUGUUCUACGGCCAGUUACCGGAAAAGACUGACCCCAUCGUGAUACCGGACGUGCAGCCGAAGGCUUUCGAGGCGAUGCUGGAGUACAUCUACACGGACCGCAUCACCAUCGGCAGCUACAAGGCCUGCGAGCUGGGCUAUGUGGCCAAGAAGUAUAUGCUCCCGCACGUCGUCACGUGUUGCACGCAGUUCCUCUCGGCGGAUCUCAGUCCGAAGAACGCCUGCCGCGCCUACGAGUUCGCCAAGCUGUUCGACGAGCCGCGCCUGAUGCAGAGCAGCAUGGACCUAAUUGCGGACAAUACGCGCGAAGUGCUCUCCGAUCCCAGCUUCCUGGACAUCGAGGUCUCAACCCUGAUAGCCAUUCUCGACCAAAACCGUCUCAAUAUCGACUCUGAGCUGGAUCUGUUCAACUGCCUGCUCAAGUUCGCCAGCGAGCGGGGCAUCCUGAACGAGAGCGACGGCGGGCAGGAGGAUGCCGGCGACCGGGACGGCGAGGCCGGGCUAGCGAAAAAGUCACCCAAUGAUUCUGGCGGACAUGUGAUGGUUGAGGUGAUCAAGAUGGAGCCCGAUGUAGCGGCCAUGGUGCAACACAUGCAUCAGGACGAUGAGGGCGACAGCUUUGAGACGGACGCCGGCAUGGCUUACACUUUCACUUCGGCUGCAGCUAAUGCCGCCGCCGCCACUGUCCCUGCAACUGCCUCUGUCUCUGGCUCGCCGCCCCUGGAUGUGGCAGCCGGCUCCGAUGACCUGGUUAUCAUCGAUAGCGAUGCUUCCGGCGAUGCCGCUGCCAACAUGAUCAACAUUAUGGACGACCAGCGUACCAUUCUCGAUGGCGCCAUGCUGCGCCAGGCAGUGAAGAAGAUUCGCUUCCUUACUAUGACGGCGCAGCAGUUUGCCGAAGGACCGGCACGCUCCAAGCUACUCCAGCAACACGAAGCCCUUGCCAUCCUUAUCAAGAUCUCCAGCCCCACGCUCAAUGACUGCCACAUGCCCGAGGGCUUCUGCGUCUCGCGCAGCACCCGCACUUUCUCUAGGCGUUACCAUCCUUGGCGUACAGGUGCCCACGCGAGGUGCUGUACGCCCACAUCCAGGACACAUCGCUGCUAGACAUCACCUUCGACCGGCCAGUGUACAUCUACCGCAACCAGAUCAGGACCACAACCGCCACCUGGUGGACUGAAUCGGUAGCAAUACCCUAGGCCUAAUGGAUUUAUGUAUUUUCGAUGUGAUAGAUUUAGGUUGGAAAUCGAUGGAUCUGCAAGCUGAACUUUGGCAGAAAGUCAGCCUCUUCCGCAAUCUUUUGUACAUCGAAUCGUAUUAAUCAUAUCACCAUAAAAUAUAGCCACUAAAUUAUAAUUUUGCAUUCUAGUAUAAAUUUAUAGGUUUUUAGAUCCCUAACGAUUUCCCCCAAUUGCCGUAAUUAUCACCCACCGUUUCCCCUGAAUUCUGAACUUGGUCUUGUCAGUCAACUUGUUUAAAGAUCGUGCUGGAAGCCACGAUCUUAGUGACAACUUGAAAGUGUCGGGCGGAACGUGCCCAACAAUUAGCUCACGAACUUAAGUAUAUCAAAUCUGAAAAUGACUUUUGGGGAUCAGGCAAACCGUGUACCAUAAAUGUGAGUGCAUACAUUUAAGUGGAUAACGCCGGGCAUUAGAUAAUUGUACUUUUAACAGCUUUUACUCCAGCAAGAUCUAAAAGGCGAAAAGCGACCGAGGUCGCAGGUCACGCCCCCUGACCCUGUACUCACUUCACUUAUGACCCGACACGCCUCCCGCUCGGCCUUUUCAUUUGCGUUAUACUUUUGUUUUCCAAAGUCAAUGAACUGGUGCUCUAAGACUUUACGUAAUUUGUGGGCAGCACGUUCGUAAAUUGUUUAUGUCUGCUUCAAUUCUACCACAUGUUCGCCCGGUACUUGCUCUUUGUUGUAUUUUCUUUUUAUUAUUUUUAGACAUUUUACCGAGGCAUAAUGCACUCCCGAUCAGCGAUAAGAUUGAACUGGCCUCUGAUGUGAUCUCGGGUGAACGGUUCCUCGGAUUACUCUUCGAAUCCCAGGUGCAAUUAGCCGCAAUCUGUGGAAAUAAUCGUUUGUCAAUCAUCUUCGCAGGCACCGGCUAUGGCGAUCCCUGUAAUUAUGAGUAAUGGAUAUUCUUUGUGUGGCAAAGAGUUCGCUUCGCAUUUUCGUCUCUGUCUUUUUAUUCGAGAUCCAUGCGAGGCCGACAUUGCCAGCAGAUGAGUCACUUUUCGAGCUGGCUUGCCAGAUAUGCGAUCUACUGGACCGGGUUGGCAAAUCCUACAGUUAGGUUCAUGAUUUUAGUGCUCUUGGCAGGAAAAUAUGUUUCCUUAAGACCAAGAAUAUUGAGCAAAAUUAAAGCUGAAAAUUCUUUCAGAAAAUUAAGAAUAUUAGGUUUAACUACAAGAAAGGCUUCCUUCAAAGAGUAUAGUUCUAUACUCUUUGGUAUCAGUUACCUACGAAAUUUAAAGAUUAAUUGCAUAAGCCAUUGUUUAGCUCGGAGCUUUGGAGCCCUAUAACUAAGCUUUAAUUUUUU